UUUGAACAAGAAGUGAGAUAGAGAAAAAGAGCAGGAACUAAGGACCAAGGCUGUGUUGAAAGGACCAAGGCUUUAUGUAAUAUCCACUUUCUUGUGACUUGCAGUAGCGAAAGCCGAAAAGGAGAGCUAGAAUAAAAUCCUCACACACACACAGUUGAUAAAGUACCAGACAGUCUGCACUAGUCACCACUGAGUAUAUGACAGUUUUUUUCCUAUGGCGCCCAUUACCUGUGUCUUUAAAAUGCCGUCUGCGCCUUUCAUAUUAUUCUCACCUCUCUCUCUCGUUUUCUCUUUGCAAACAUAAACAAAACCUCUCUCUCCUUCCCUCCUUGAAAAUGGGGUCACCACCCUCUGGCUUUGCCAAAUCAAAAUUAAUACUCUUGAGCUUUUUUGUAGUUAUGUUCUUCAGUUCAAAUCACUCAUCUCCAACUCAAACGGUUCCCUCUAAAUCGAAUUCUUUCAGUAUCCAUUCCCCACUGAACAGUUUGAGCCUAAGUGGUUACUUCAGCUUUGAGAAUAAUCACCUCGAAGCCACGGACUUCGGAAACAUAUAUCAUUUCCUCCCAUCAGCAGUGCUAUAUCCAAACUCAGUUUCUGAUAUUUCCACCACAAUAAAACAUAUCUUCAGUCUGGGUGCUGCUUCCCCAAUAACAGUAGCAGCAAGAGGCCAUGGCCACUCCCUCCAAGGACAAGCACAAGCUCAAGAAGGCGUGAUCAUUAGGAUGGAAUCACUUCAGGAACCAAAAAUGCAGGUUCACACUGGGCAGCUGCCUUAUGUAGAUGUUUCCGGCGGAGAGCUGUGGAUUAAUAUCUUGAAUGAGACCCUUAAAUACGGGCUUGCGCCAAAAUCUUGGACAGAUUAUCUUUAUCUCACCGUCGGAGGCACUUUAUCAAAUGCUGGGAUUAGUGGGCAGGCAUUCAGGCAUGGACCACAGAUCAACAAUGUUUACCAGUUGGAGGUUGUCACAGGAAGGGGAGAAGUGGUUACCUGCUCAGAAGAGCAGAACAGCGACCUCUUUUAUGGUGUUCUUGGAGGGCUUGGACAGUUCGGCAUCAUCACUCGCGCUAGAAUCUCUCUUGAACCAGCUCCAAAGAUGGUGAGAUGGAUGAAAAUGCUCUACUCAGAGUUCUCCCAAUUUUCCAAUGACCAAGAGCAUCUAAUAUCCGCUCAGAACUCAUUUGAUUAUAUUGAAGGAUUUGUAAUAAUAAAUAGAACAGGGCUUCUCAAUAACUGGAGAUCUUCCUUCAAUCCCAAGGACCCACUACAUGCUAGUGAAUUCAGUUCAGAUGGAAAAACUUUGUACUGUUUGGAGAUUGCAAAAUACUAUGACCCGGACGAGACUGACAUUAUGAACCAGAUAACUGAAGGCUUAUUGUCAGAACUAAGCUUUAUUCCAUCAACACUCUUCCUGUCAGAAGUUUCUUAUGUGGAUUUCCUUGAUAGAGUACACAGUUCUGAGAUAAAGCUAAGAGCACAAGGGCUAUGGGAAGUUCCUCAUCCUUGGCUAAACCUUUUAGUACCCCAAAGUAAAAUCCUUUACUUUGCUCAAGAAGUCUUCGGCAACAUUAUUACGACCACCAGCAAUGGUCCCAUUCUCAUCUACCCCGUCAACAAAUCCAAAUGGAAAAAUAGAACAUCUUUAGUCACUCCAGAUGAAGAUACUUUUUACCAAGUGGCAUUCCUAGCGUCUGCAGUGCCAUCUUCGACGGGAACAGAUGGCUUAGAACACAUUCUAACUCGAAACCAAAAAGUUCUGGAUUUUUGUGCCACUCAGCUUGGGAUCAAGCAAUAUUUGCCCCAUUACAACACACAAGAAGAGUGGAAAAAACACUUUGGACCCGGGUGGGCAGUUUUUGUACAGAGGAAACUGACCUAUGACCCUUUGGCCAUACUUGCUCCUGGUCAGAGAAUCUUCAACAAGGCAGUUCCCCUCUCACCGUAAUGGUCUCUCAAAUAACCAGAAAUUACAAAGGGGGAGGGGAAAAAGAAGAAAAAUAGCAGAGCUUAAAGGCAUGCGGACCAUAAUGCCAAGAUGUAAAUUAUUUAUACAUUAGUAACACACUG